CUCGGGGAUGAGGGAGACCUCCAACCAACGGUAGGGCAACCGCGAGGAGAGAAUGGACGGCCAAAAGAUGUAUAAAUACGCCGUCGCCGUGGAGAGAGGGAUGCCAUUGACAAGUCUCAACAAGCCAAGAGAGCAGUCAAGUUGAAGCAGAGCCACCUGGACUUCACUGGGUCAACGAGCUGGACAACAUGCGCUUUUCAACUCUCGCCUUCACCGCGUUCGCCAGCUCGGCGCUCGCGUUCCCCUCCAUCGGGUCGCUCAUCUCCCGCCAGGAGCCGACAUGCAUGACACGUGCCGAGGCCAAGGAGAUAGUCGACAUCUACGUCCGCCUCAUCGCCAACUACAAGGAGGAGGACUGCAUCAAGUACUGCGCCGAGGACUUUGUUGACCGCUCCGACAGCAUAAACACCUUCACCUUCAAGCCCCUCGGCGGGCCCACGUUUGCAACCAAGCAGAUCUUCAUGGAGGCGCAGGCGGUCAACAUGGCCUUCCCCGUUGUCCUCGACAGCAUCGACGCCGUGGAUUGCGAGUCCAUCGCACUGCGAUGGCACGCCACCUUUGGCGCAGCCAACCUGCCCAGCCGGGGCAUCACCAUCAUCGGAACCACCAAGCGAGAGGGUUAUUGGCAAAUCAAGAGCAUCGACGUCGAGUUCAACAGCCUGAUCUGGCUGCUCAAUAUGGGAGGCAACUACACCUGGGAGCCUUAGGAAAAUGUGGCCGCCUGGACGGCUGGCUUUGUUGUACAAUGCAGAGAGGCUGACUCGAAGGGAAAAUAAGGGGGGUGGUGGCGAGUCUGGCGACAUGUGCUCUGUUCAGUUGCAACCAGGGAAGCCCAGCGGUUAUUAAAUGCAAAGAACUUGUGUGUGGAUGCGAGCGUUAGCAUCGUCUCAUUGCUGAGAACCCUUCCUUGAUUGUACGUUACCGAGUAUGCACAUGAUAUUACCCGGGGCCCGCUCAGACGUGUUAGUUGAUGAAAGCAUAACUGGU